GUUAGGAAGUGACGCCAUCAUUAUCACAGGAAGUAGAUGCUGUAUUCAUGUUUAAGACGCAAGUGUGAGACCGAGAGAGAAGCACGAUGGAUCAGAUCAGAUGGAUUAUAAUGUCUUCAUUUCUGAUGCUGCUGGUUCAGUUUACAGCUGCUAGGACAUUUUUCUACCCUAUUGUCAAAGUUGGAGAUGACGUCACUUUGUCUUGUGAAAAUGGGAUGGAUGAUCAGGAUCAGUGUGAAGGUGUUGUCUGGUACUUCGUUAAUCCAAGAAACAAAGGAUUGACACUGUUUGAACACGGGCAGAUUCAAGCUAAAUCAGACAGACUGAGUGUUACAGAGAACUGUUCUCUGGUUAUAAAGAAUGUCAAACAUGAUGAUGUUGGUCGAUAUGAUUGCGGCCACUUCAGAUCAGGAAAACUACAUGGUGAAGACACAGUGACUGCUCUGUAUGUUGUUUCCAUGACUGAACAGAAGGAUGAUGAUACGGUCACCUUGGUCUGCUCUGUGUCGGGAUAUAACAUUAAUUGUUUCCACACAGUGAGCUGGCGGUAUGGUGAGACUGACGUGGGGGUAACACAGGGUUCCUGUUCAGCCAUUGUAUUAUUUUUGACACAAUCUCACCUUAAUCCAAAGUUUUACGAAUUAUUGAAAUGUAAAGUGACUCCCAAAGACAGCGGAAAUGUGCAGCUGUUCAGCUUCAGCCCUCCUCAGUCCUCCAGUGAGAAACCAGGUGAUGAUGCAACAACUACAAUAUCUCCGACUGCAAAUUAAUCAGCAUUGACAACAGGAAAUAAAUGGACAUCAGAAGAGACAAACAACACGACAUCU